AUGGCGUCAGAAAAUAUCACUUUAGAAGAGGCAGUUUCUAAUGUUGAUAUAUUAAAUGAUUUAAUAACUAAAUCAGAUAUACCAUGUAUUGAAGCAUCUUCAUUACCAUUGCAAUGUUUAGUUAACUUUGAUACUAACUUUGAGGACAAAGGUGCUUUUUUAACAGGAUUUUCAAAAUUUAUUGAAGAAGCAGCAAGGCAUGGCGAAUUUAAUGAUUUAUUAGCUGAUGGUUUUAAAUAUGCUGGUAUACUUUAUACAUGGCGUUGUUGUACACGUGCCACACCAAUGGCAAAAUCAAAUGAUCAACCUAACAGAAAUCAAAUAAAUGAAAAAAUAAUUGAAGUUCUUACUUCUGAAGUAGAGAAAUUACAUAAGUUUAUGAAUUUUACAAAAAGUGCUGUUUCAAGAUUUUGUGAAGAAGUUAGACGACUUUGUUCUGGUGGAAAAAUAAAAGAUUUUGUCUCUGAAGCAUACCUUCUUGUAUUGGGACGUUUUUUAAAUAUGUUUGCUGUAUUAGAUGAAUUAAAAAAUAUGAAAGCUAGUAUAAAAAAUGAUUUUUCAACAUUUCGGAGAGCAGCACAAUUUUUACAAGUUAUGUCAAAUUCUCAAAGUAUUCAACAAAUGCAAGAACUUUCAAUGUUUUUAGCUACACAAAAUAAGAUAAAAGAAGAUUUAAAAAAAGAAUUACAAACGAUUAAUGGUUAUGAAGAAUUAUUAAGUGAUAUUAUUAAUAUAUGUGUUUAUUUAUUUGAAAAUCAAAUGUAUGGAACACCUGAUGAAAGGCAUAUGUUUGUUAAAGUUAUAGCAUUUUCGCUUUAUUUAAUGGAUUCACCAAAUUCAAAUUUAAACAAAUUAGAUUCCAAAAAACGUAUUUCUUUAGCAUCAAUUGAUAAAAUUUUUAAAACUUUAAAUGUUGUUCCACUUUUUGGUGAUAUGCAAAUACAACCAUUUUCUUUUGUUAGAAGAUGUGCUAGUUAUGAUUCAUCUAAAUGGCCGUUAUCACAUAAAGAGUCUACUACGUGUCAAGUUGAUAUUGUAGAGCGUGUUAAAAUUGUCCGUGAACAUUAUGUUGAGUAUGUAACACAUUUAACAAGAGUGAAAAAUGAGAUUGAAUCAACAGACAAACAUUCUCAACGAUCUGAUUACAAAAAUCAGGAAGUUGCACAAUUAGCAUUAUCAGGUAUACAAUUACUUUGUACAUGGACAAGUGAUGUUGUUGAAACAGUUUCAUGGAAAUUAUUACAUCCAACAAAUGAAGAAAAAAAUAAAGAUUGUCCAAGUACUGCUGAAGAAUAUGAAAGAGCAACUAGAUAUAAUUAUAAUGUUGAAGAAAAAAAUGCACUUAUAGAAAUGAUUGCUAUGAUUAAAGGUUUACAAAGAUUACUUGUUAAACAGGUAGGACAAUUUAUGACAUCUAUACGAUUAAAUGUUUAUGCUGAAAUACAAGAUUUUGUUCAAAUAACAUUAAAAGAUCCACUUAUAAAAGCAAUAAAAGGAAAAAAAGAUAUGAUAAAAGGAAUAUUAAUGGCAAUUGUUGAGACAUGUGUAGAUAAUAUUUCAGGACAUUAUAAUCAAACAGGUAUAAAAGUAUUGGAAAUGACAAAAUCAAAACAUAAAAAAAAAUCAACAUCUGUUGAAGCAUUAAAUCAUGUUGAUAAUCCAGCUUCUAUUAGGAGAAAUGUUCCUCCCAGUACAACACAAUUAUACAUGGCAAGAACAAUGUUAGAAAGUUUAAUUUCAGAACGUUGUAGUAAUGGAAGAAGAGGUUUAAGAAAAGAUAUUGAUCAUAAACAUAUAGAAAAAAUGAUAUCAUUCUUAAGAAUAUCAUUUUAUUGGCCAUAUUUAUUAAAUCUUGAAAAAUAUUUAUUUGAAUGUUGUGAUCUUAGUCAAUUAUGGUUUAGAGAAUUUUAUCUCGAAAUGACAAUGGGUAAAAGAAUUCAAUUUCCUAUUGAAAUGAGUUUUCCAUGGAUUUUGACUGAUCAUAUAUUAACAAAUCCUGAUCAAUCACAUUUAAUGCAAUAUAUCUUAUAUCAAUUAGAUCUUUAUAAUGAUGCUGCAAAUUUUGCACUUACUAAAUUUAAGACACAAUUUUUGUAUGAUGAAGUAGAAGCUGAAGUUAAUUUAUGCUUUGAUCAAUUUAUUUUUAAAUUAUCAGAAGCUGUUUUUACACAUUAUAAACAAGUUGCUUCAUCUUAUUUAUUGGAUAAACAAUUUAAGACAAAAUGUAAUAAUAUUGGUGUAAUGAUUAGAUCACCAGAAGCAUCUAGAUUUGGACCAUUACUAGGACAACGUCAUCUUCAACUUUUAGGAAGAAGUAUUGAUAUUAAUAGACUUGUCUCUCAAAGAAUAAAUAUAUCAAUAUUACAUUCUUUGGAUGUUGCAAUAUCAAAAUUUGAAUCAGAACCACUUAUAGGAAUAAUAAGAUUAGAAUUUUUAUUAGAAGUAAAUAGAUAUUGUUAUGAUUUACUUAAACAAUAUUUAUUUUCAUUAAGUGAUUUUGAUGAUUUAUUUAUUGAAGCCAAUGGUCUUGUUUCAAGUGAUGCUGGAAGAAUUGGUCUUCAUAUCUUUUUUGAACUUAAUUAUGAUAUUUUUCCAAAUUAUUGUUAUAAUACCUCAACAAAUCGUUUUGUCAGAGGAAACAUUCUUUUUAAAAGAGUACCAGAACGUAUUAAAGCAUCACCAUGUAAUUUUCAAUAUGAAUUUGGUAGUAGAUCAUUAGGUGCUGCUGCUGAAAAUAUUGCAAAAAUGCAUUCUGGUUAUAUAGGAUAUCCUCAUUUAAGAGCUAUUGUACGUAUAUUAGGAUAUCAAGGUAUUGCUGUUAUUUUAAAAGAAUUUACUGCUUUAAUUCAUUCUCAAUUAACAGAAAAAUUAAGAAAAAGUAUUGAGAAUAUAAUGCAUCUUAUGCCUAAAAUAUGUAAACUACCAUUAAGUACUUAUGGAUCACCAGCUGUAUUAGAAUACUAUUUACAUCAUACAAAAGAAGUCCGUAAUUAUAAAGAUCUUUAUACAGGAUUUGGUCAACAACUUCGUAUUUUUGGUAAUGUUAUAAUAUUUACUCAAUUAUUAGAAAGUGCUUUACAACAAGAAGAAGUCUUAGAUUUAUCUCAUGGAGCAACAUUUACUUUUAAUGUUCCAAGAACAGGUGGAAGUAAUAUGGCAGAACGUCAAAUGAGAAGUCGCAAAAUUGAAAUACAAUUUGAAUCAUUACAUUUUACCAGAGCUGUUAAUGUUUAUGGAACACCGGAACAAAUACAAAUUGCUCAGGAAUCAGAAUUGUUAACAAAAGAAAGACUUUGUAUUGGAUUAAAUAUUUUUGAACAUUUUCUUCAAUAUACAAGAGGUAUUGUUAUUAAUGAUACAUUAUAUACAGGAAGUUAUCCAAAAAAUGGUGUUAUGACUAUUGAUGAAUGCACUGAAUUUCAUAGAUUAUGGAGUGUAAUACAAUUUAUAAUAUGUUUACCAUCCUCUGAACAUGAUAAUAAUACUAAUGAUAAAGAUAAUAGAAAUGAUGGAAAAUUACGUUCACAAUACAGUGAAGAGAUGUUUGGAGAUGGACCACAUUGGGGUUCAUGUAUUCUUAUUGCUAUACUUGGACAAGAUAAAAGAUUUAAUGUUUUAGAUUUUUCUUAUCAUUUAAAAAAAAUUCAUAGAAGUGAUUCUAAAAAUUCAUCUUCAAGUGGUAUCGAUCUUUCUAAAAUGAUAACACGCAUCCGUCAUAUUCAGCAGUUAAACAAUGAAAUUUUUACAUUCAUAAAAAGUUUUCUUCCUUCAAAGGAAGAUUACGGUGAAUAUAUUAGAGAAUAUUCUCCACCACAACACGCAAGCAUUUCUCAUUCAUCAUCAACAAAUUAUUACUAA